UCAUUCAGCGAAGAAGUGGUCUGAAGAUGUCGUUGCAGUGAGAAUAUGGCGACCGAGCCGCGAGGUUCUGUGUUGAUGUUCGUGACACGGGCUGUCAAACGAGCUUUUCGGUCGUGAACUGGAUGUAUUUGCAUCUAAAAUUUUGUCAGUGCAGUAGUGAGAGUGAACACACAGGCAAUGCCCUGACGGAAAUAUUCAUGUGAAACCAAUUUUCUCUGAUUCGUUCUGCGGAUUUGACAGAAGAGCUUCUGCCUACUUUCAAAACAUUGCUCGUCUGUGUACUUAAGAAUGUUUUUCAAGAAAAACCGAUCUAUGUUUUAAAGUGUUUUGUUAUUCUGGGGACACACUCAGUCCAUGGAGCAACUCCUAUUGAGGCCAUGGAUUUAGAAGGUGCACUAGGAGCCUCAUUAAACACAGGACAGGGGCGAAGUCUAUGCCUAGCAAACUAUUUUGAAUAGUGAAUUUUCCUCUGAAAAUAUUUCUGCCUUGCAACUAUGGCUUCUUGUCCAUAUCAAGAGCAAGAAUCAUUACGUGUGAGAACUUUAAAAUUGUGAUGUUCUGCUGUGUUGGUCUUCAAGAUGAUCCAAGCAUCAAGUGGUCAUCGUAGUGACAGUGGUUUUAGUAAAAAAUUAAGUGAUACUGGUGGAACAAACAUCAUGAAUCUAUCGUCAGAUAAGAUUGUGAUGCCUUCCUCCAGCUCAGCAUCUUUGGAUACCAUGCUCGGGACUGGAGUUCCAACUUGGAAACUCUCACGUGUCACUGGUUCAUCAUGCCAAGCUCUCAGACACGCUGUAGCUGCCCUGAAUCGGCUUGACGACUUCACCAGAGAAAAGAUUGGAUCUGGCUUCUUCUCUGAAGUAUUCAAGGUGACGCACCGCACCACUGGCCAGGUGAUGGUGCUCAAGAAGAACCUCCUCCGGUCCAACAGGCCCAACAUGCUGAAGGAGGUGCAGCUCAUGAACCAGAUGAGCCACCCAAACAUCUUACGUGGUUGUGUUUUUUUUGUCGUGUUUGCUGACGCGUUGUUGAUUGUUUUCCAGUACCUGAACGGCGGCAGCCUGGAGCAGCUGGUCCAGGCGCGCGGCACGGACCUGCCGUACGCCGUGCGCAUGAAGCUGUCGCUGGACAUCGCCCGCGGCAUGGAGUACCUGCACUCGCGGGGCGUCUUUCACCGGGACCUCACGUCCAAGAAUGUGUUAAUCCGGCGCAACGAGGAGACGGGCGAACUGACCGCCGUCGUCGCCGACUUUGGACUGGCGGCCAAAAUUCCUGACCCAUUGUGCGGUUACCGGCUGCCCACGGUGGGCUCGCCCUACUGGAUGUCGCCCGAGUGCCUCAAGGGCCAGUGGUACAACGAGAAGUCGGACGUGUUCUCGUACGGCAUCGUGCUCUGCGAGCUGAUCGCGCGCGUCGAGGCGGACCCCGACGUGCUGCCCAGAACGCAGAACUUCGGCCUGGACUACCUGGCCUUCACGAAGCUCUGUCCAGCCGCCUGCCCGCCCUACUUCCUCAAGCUCGCCUUCCACUGCUGCACGUUCGAGCCCAAGAGCCGGCCGUCCUUCUCCGAGAUCGUGCGCAAGCUGGAGGCGAUGCUGCGCGGCAAGAGCUCCCCGGAGUACCCGGCCGAGUACGCCGAGUACCCCGUGGAGCAGCGGGAGCGCGCGGGGGGAAGCUCUUCGGGCGCGACGCUCGAGGCGUCGGGCGCGGGCAUGGCGUCGGCGGGCAAGGCCAAGAGCAAGGGGGCCAUCUCGGAGGCGUGUCUGGCCAACCUGACCGCCUCCUCGCUGGCUGCCCGGUCCGUCGAGGUGAUCCCGACCACGCCGGACGACAAGAGCGUCAACCGUCACAAGAAGCUGAGCCACCGCCGGUCGCUGUCGGAGGACGUGGGCCUGAUCGUGGCGUUCCCCGCGCACACGUCGCCCAGCGAGAAGGCGCGCUGCCACUUCACCGGCGCGCACGGCCACUCGCGCGGCAUCACGGCCAAGCACGUGGGCGAGAGCAUGUGCCGCGAGGACCCGCACUACCAGCCCAGCGAGAAGGGCGCGCUCAACCCGUUCGCGGCGCUGUCGCAGUUCCGCGGCGUCAAGAAGAUCCUCGGCGACAAGGCUGGCGCGGCUGCCGGGGUCGGCGCCGGUGGCGGGGACCCCGGGGACCUCGACGGCGGCCUGGGGACCUGCAGCGGGGACCUGUUCUCGUCGUGCUUCGAGCUGCCCUCGCCCUUCUUCUGCCCGACGCCCGCUCCCCCCGGAUCGCCCGCGCUCGAAAGCUACGCCCUCAACUUCGGCGCCGCGGUGCCCCGCGGCGGGUCCCAGGAGAGCCUCGUCACGUCCAGCGCUCGGGCGCACUUGCUCGACAGGAAGGCGCCCAGGAAGCUGUCGUUGGGACCGGCUGGGCCGCCGUUCACCGUGCCCGUCGCGGACCUCCUGGGCACCACCAAGCAGUCGUCCUCCCAAGAGAGUGUGUUCCCCUUCCCGGUGGUGGUCAACACGGGCGUCGACUUGUGGUGCAAAGUGGGCGGGCGCUGGCGGCUCAAGAGCGAGGUGGAGGCCGAGUCCAACGGCGUCCAGCCGGGCAAACGGACAGAGUGUGGCCCGGCCGGGGCCUCGGACAGGGCUGCGAAUGAAGCUGCCAGCUCCAGUGUGGCGGCUGCGUCCAGCGGGGCGUCUAGCGGGGCCGGCAGUGGAGAGCCCGCCCAGGCCAGGAAGGAUGACGUCUUCAUUCAGAGCAACAUCUUUUCACCAAUAAACAAACCGUCGGACGAUUACCUUAAGAUGGACGCUCAAAUGAGUGAUGUGUCUAAUGGUGACGUCAAGUCAACGAUGUGUGAUAGUGUUCAAACUCCAGUGCCCAGCAGGGUGCAGCCAGAGGAGUCUCUGCAGCCCAGGCCCCUGGUUCCCUCAGACGGCCGGUUGGGUUCUGUUAGUGAAGAGUGUGGGACAGACGUCCUGUCAGUUCAGAAAAAGUCAUGGCGCCAUAGUCAUCCUCAGUACCUGUCUUUACCCUCUUCCCCAACAUUUGUUCGUCGCAGGCCAGUCAUGGCAUCUACUGCCAUUAAUCCUAAGGUGUUGACUCAAAGGCUACUGGAAACUCAAAAUAAGUCAAAAGAAUUUUGUUGUCCCAAAUCAUCUGGAGAAGAGGACAAUGUGUUUUCUACAAACAUUUCUGUGUUAGACAGCAAGCCUGAAAUCAAACAGCUGCUUAAUUCAGGUGCACUCCCUCUGCAGCGUCGACUCUCUUCCUCAUCCUCUAAUCUUAACAGCCUCUUGCUUUCGGAAGAUGACAGUGCUACAGGUUCUGUCCUAGGAGGUUUCCCAUCAGUUGCAUUGCGACGUAGAGGGUCUUGCGAGUCUGGUUUCUUUAGUUGCCUUGGGGAAGACUAUGGCUUACCAGGCUGUGAUCCUCUGUCACCUUCGGAUUUCUGUUCUGGACCCGCUCGGCACACACUGUGCUCCUCAUCAGCAGCUUCAUCUUUGUUCUUGCUAGACGAUUCAGCGGUAUCAACUACCACAGUUUCUUCAGGGGAAUUGGCUGAUCUUGAUGAUUUGGCACCUAAUGGUUCAGUGGGCUGUGGUUUAAGCUCAAGGCAUCAUUCAUUACUUUUUUCGGCAAAGAGGUCAUCAUCAAUAUAUACUGAUAGCUCAGAGGAUGUAUCAAGUUUAGGUGGUGAUCCAGCCUAUUGGGAAGAAAGAGGAUUCUCCACAAACCCUGCUCCUCAGCAAAUAAGCAAAAUUGUGGAAUAUUUUGAGAGGAAACAAAACAGUACUUCAACAGCUGGUCCAGGUCCAUCCAGACGACCAUCAGCAAAACUGCAACCACAGAUUUCAACAACAACUCGGCGGUUCUCAGUGAAUCCAUAUGAAAAUUCACAAAUAUUUUCUGAUGCAUUGCGGUCAACUGACUUUGCCUUCCUCCGCAAAUCAAUGGCUUCAGCAGGUAGUAGCAAGAAUACUUUGGCUGUAAGCCCUCCAACUAUACCCUUAUUAAGACCACAUUUAGCUAAGCGAUGUGAAGGCCAAAGACUGAUAGUUUGUGAAGGUGCUGUAAAAUCUAAACUCCCUCUUUUUGAUAAAAAAUCAUAGCUAAGGUAGAUUGUGUGUGGUUUUAUUUUAAAGUAACGUCCUCUCUAUGAGAAAUCUUAAAUAUGAGAAUCUUAAUAAAAUAACCCAGUUACUGUGUAUCUGUAUUACAGCAGUAUUUAUACUACAUGUGUACCUCAGUCAGAUGUAUUAUUUUAAAACUUUGUUGUCAAGAUAUUGUGACUUAUGUUGCUAUGUUCUUAUUGGUAAGUGUGAGAACUUAUGCCUGAUGCUAAAAUGAGCCUGAUGAAGGAUUAUAAAUUUUCUUAUGUUUAAUCAAAUUUUAUGUUCUUUUGUUUAUAGAGACUUAUAAUGAAUCAUACUCACAAUCAAUAUCUACUUUUAUAUCUUAUGUUCUAUCUGCCUUAUUCGCUAUUUCAUUGACUCUUAUUUACUUUCUGCCAAGCUCUGUACCGAGGUGUGGCAAGUUAGAUAAGAAAUCACUGUACUGUCAUCAACAAUCAGUGACCAUUAUUCUAUUGUUGGUGUUUACUACAAAAAGCAAAGGUAGUGUUUAAAAUUUUGAUCAAAUCAGUUUAUUGGUCAAUAUCUUCAACUAUAUUGUGAAAGACUGUUUUCUUAUGUAUAAGAGACAUUAGUCUGGUUUUGUUUACCUUAAACAGAUGCGUUGUAUUUAUCUCAUCGCCACCUCCAUUGUCAGGCAAUGACCAAUCAUACAAAUCCAGUGACCAGAGUGAAGGUUUGCAAUUUGAAAUUUUAGGAUCUACUUUGAUGGUGAUACCUAAUUAACAUUUGUUGGACCUAGAACUUUGUUCAGAAGACAGCUUUAAGAAAACUUUCUCUUGUUACCAUUAACUUUAACAAUUCGUGUUUACCUUCUCUCCUGUGUAGUAUGCACUGUUAUCUCAUCACAUAAUUUUACCUUUUAUUUAUAAAUAGUUCUAUCCAAUAAUCUAGUUAAAUGUUAUAUGGUGGUGUUAGGUACUAGGCUAAUUAAUCUGUUGUUGUGUACUGACUUAAUUUACAUUUUAGCUAAUCUAGUCGUUCUUCCAACAGAAAAAGUCACUCUUGUUUAUGUAAUUCUAAAGUUGGUUCACUUAUUAAGGUAGAUAAAAAAAAAUCCUCCUUUGCUGGAGUUUGCAUCUUAGCUGCGAGGAAGAGCUGUUUAAUUCUAUCAUAAAGGCUAUUUCUGAUUAAAAAUGUAAAUGCAUUUAUAUAUGCAUUCUUCCAAAGUUUUUUUGUUUUAAAUUUGCAUUUGUUCUUUUGAUGUACUGCACCCAGUGUAUUUUGGUGAGUCAAACUCACUUCUAACGUUCGUCUUCCCUUUCACAGUAUCUUCUUGUGACUCAAACAAUUUGAAUAAUUCUCUACAGUUAUGUUUUUCACUGCCGUCAGUAUGUCUUCCUCCAUGUUAAUCAUUAAUGUAGUAAGUUUUAAUUGUGAUUUUAUAAUCAUUACAGACAAACUAUGGGGUGAUGGAAAAUGUUCUUUGCUAGUCAAGGAGUGUUUCUUUUUGUGUACAUAAAUAUGUGUUAGUUAGAUAAUUCUGUACGUGAAAAUAUUCAUGAAGCAUCCAUAUUCGGAGCUGUGGUACUAAGCCCGCCCAGCAUAAGUGUGCCUUGAUUUAAAAUCUAUAAGUAGUCCAAAUUCUUAUUCAAAAUAAAAAAAUAAGCAAUUAUGUGAAGGCGAACUGUGAGAUCCACUAUUCUUUCUAUUUUCGUAUCUUAGAUCCAGCAUCAGGCAACUUCAAAAUACAGGGUGGCUCAUCGGCGCCGUUCUCUCUUCUGCUUGUACUGUAUCGGAUUCAGGCGUGGGUUGCAUACUCGCACGCGGCAAGGUAAGGCGCUUCGGUGAGCGACGAUAGGCAAGCCCACCUACACGCCUGCAUCCGAUACAGUAGAACCAGGAGAAAGAAUGGCGCCCAAUAUGUCACCCUGUAGAUCUAAUGGUUGAUUUAUUGUCCAAUUGAUUCAUGUGCCAACUAAAACUAUUCCUAUCUAAAUUGUACAGAACCUGCCAUUUACAACUUGCUCAUGUAAAACUAAAAUCACUGCUAAAAUCUAAAAUGUUCUCACAUUUGUCUCUUCCUACGUACAUAUCAUCCAGAUUCAUACUGUGGGAAUAGAUUAAUUAAGCUCCAGUUAGGACGUUGUUGUUUAUGCAUACUUCAGUAACAAAAAUGUUGGCUGUAGGUAAUUAACACUUACAAGGCAUGUUACUACAUUAGCAUUUUUAUUACCAAUCUAAAAUUUUGAGAGAGUUUCAUACAAGAGUGCUGUACAGUGUAUAAAAUGUUGUUACCAUCUGACUAUUUAUCACUUUAGUAGAAAUUUUACUAUUCUCACUGCCAUAAAUGAAAAGCAACAUUACUCUCAUCAUUUAGAGUAAUGUGCAUGUUGUUGUUUUCUGUUUGAUGUUAAUGUUAGACUCUUAUCACAUAGUAUACUGAAAUGAAAGACUGCAUUUCACCUUAGUUAGGGAGUGUUCUGAAACUAUAACAUUGUGUUUUUAUCCUCUUAGAUGAAUUAAAUGUACGAUGUAUGAAUAGGAGUUAUGAGUUUAAUGACAAUGAUGACUGUUUUGUGUAUUGCUCAAGUUUACUUAAAUCAUUUGAUUGCCAGCUCACAUGAUUUUCUUCCCUGUUGUCAAAGGAAAUCUACUGUUGUAGAAUCAUCAAUGAGAAAGGUUUCACAUCAAUUAUUUAAGAUGUAUUUUUUCAUUUGUAUGAUUAAGUAUCUGGAAAGUAGAGAGAGAGCAAACAUUGAACAUAAAAUAUGUUUGUUUUACAUGCAUGCUCAGUGAGUUAGUUUGCUCAUCUUUCCAAAAUCAAGGCAUUUUAGUUUGUGUUUUUCUUGUUUGUAGGAACAUUCCUUUUCUACUUUCAACUUUUAAUUUUCAUACCUUACAUAAGUGUUUUAAAAAUGUGAUUGAUUCCUUCCUAAACUUUUUAAACUCAAUUAUGAUACAUUUUCGACGUAACAUUGAAGAAGAUUUCCAAGAAAUGCUCCAAACCAGUUGCACAAAAUGAGAGGUGAAAGUGACAUUUUCCCAGGUUAAUGCAUGUUGCACCACUGGAAAUGAUGUCAUUUUAACCACUCAUUUUGGCCUCAAAUUCUUACCAAUUUUUUUUUUUAAAUAAAAAAGCUUAUGCUAUUUAGUUGUCUUUUCAUAAUAAUAAUCUUGUUUGGAAGUCAGAUUGGUUAAUUUGCACAUCUUUAUGUUAGUUAAUUUAUUUUAUACUAUUACAUAAUGAAAUUAUAGUUCAUAUUAUGUGGUACUUUUGUUAUUAGAUUGUAAGUCGGGUCUAGUCAUGUCCACCCAAAGCUGAGCAGACUUUGUUUCACCACACUUAGACAACUAUAGUUUGCAUUGUACGUCAAGUAUUACAGUAAUACAUAUUAUUUUUUAGAAUGAAAA